UUUUCGCGCGCUCCCCACUGGAUUGCUUUUGGAAGAUAAAGCGAAUAACAGGAACUAUGUUUUAAAAGUGUAUUCCUUUUUACUGCAAAGAUUUGCGUGCGCUUUGUCAAACAUGGCCGGCCCGCCUUCUCCUGUUUACUUAGAUGGAAUUUUAGUCGAAGACUUGCAGUUUAUAACCGAGACGGACUUGGCUGUUUACUUUGGGAUGUACAGCUACAACGGAAAAGUCUCAGGGACGGUUACGACGGACGCAGCUAUUGAGCCGUAUCCUGAGCGCCUUUGCAAGCACUGGAAGCCGCAAGUUGAUGCAUUAAAGCGAAGCGUUGAGGAGGUUUUAGAGAAACAUAAACCAGCAGACGACUUUCUUGCUUGUCCAGAUUUAGUGUUUAAAUCUUCCCUGCAAGAGAAAAUUAUAUUCGCACUCAUAUCACUGAUAUUUUCCUCCUGGAUUUACUUUUUGAUGGGUUCAGCUGUUACUAAGCUUUAACAUGCACGAAAUUCAGCUGCCUACUACGCA